UUCCUACUUACAUUACUUCAACAAAACACGCUCCUCUUCACCCACAACUGCUACAAUAAGCAACACAAGAAGCUUCAAACCCAACGGUAAUGGCGGAAGCAGAAGAUUAUGGUUUCGCCCCAGAGGAAAUGACGGUGAACGAGAAUCUUGGCUACCCUAAAGCCUUCGCAAAACUCUGUCGUGACCGAAGUUUCAGUCCCUACAGCCAUGGCCCUCCCUUUACUUUCAUCCCUUAUGCUUUGCAAGAAGACGAGGCUGAGAGAGCUAGGGAUUUGGAUGAGAUGUUUCCGAUAAUUGAUCCCAAAGCUAAGGCCACGAGCAAGCCGAAAAUCUUUGUCAGUGUUCUGUGGAAGCAGCUUCGUCAUCUUGGAAAUGCUGGCUUUGACCCUGCGGUGAUUCGAGUUGAUGGUUAUGGCAACGUGGUCUAUUAUCAUGCAGACUCGGCCUCUCCUCUGGCUUGGGACAUUGAUCACUGGUUUCCUUGUUCAAGGGGAGGUUUGACUGUUCUUAGCAAUCUAAGGAUAUUACAGCGGCAAGCCUGUAAAAGGAAGAAAAACAAGCUGGAAUUCUUGGUGCCAUGGUGGGAUUUCCAAUUGGGCAUCUCUGUGAACCAGUUCCUGUCUGUUUUUGCUUCUUCAAACUCAGACUUCAGGCACAGAGCUUUUUCAUUUUUGUUCUAUGAAGGAGAGAAUCAAGAAUUGAAUGCUUCACAAAUAGUGGAUUCUCAUUCUUUUCCACAACACUUUUUUGGGUUGAAAGAAGAAGUAGGCCUUGCUCCGGCUGCAAUUGUAGAAUCUCGAAGGGAACCAUGUGAUGCAUUAGCUUUGAGACAACUUGAUUACAAUAGGAAGCCAAGGCCCAUGUCUCCUGCAAUAGUAGCUGCAAGAAAAAGAGAUGGCAAUCUCCUGAAAGAAAACGAAGACCCGGAUUUUGUGAAAAACCCUUACCAAGCAAUUGUCAUGGCCAGAGAUUCCCUAAAGCAAAGAGAGGAAACUACAAAAAUGCAUGCAGAAAUUCAGAAGCUGGAUACUGAAGUGAAUGAAAUGAAGCUCAAAAAUGAGGAAGAAAAGGUCACCAUUCAAGACCUUGAAUUGGCUCUCAUAAAACGUAAGACGAAGGCAGAAAAGUGCAGACGCUUAGCUGAGGCUCAAUCUUCUUAUAGGACUAUGCUAGAGAAGAUGAUUAGAGACACUAUGCACCAGAGUGUCAUUUAUAAGGAACAGGUAAGAUUGAACCAGGCUGCAACUAAUGCACUAAUGGCUAGACUUGAAGCACAGAGGGCAAUUUGUGAUGGUGCGGAGAAAGAUCUUCACAAGAAAUACAAACAAAGAGAUGACAUAGAAAAACAGAUUAGACCUGAAUGGGAGCAAGGAAGGAAGAGGUCAAGAAUAGAUGAUGCCACUUUUGAAGAGCGAGAAAUUAAACCUGCUCUUUAUUUGCCUGGGCCCAGACCAAGAACGCCUUUGCAUAAGGAGCUCAGACUGUUUCUAGAGGAGGAACAAAGGACAUCUGAAGCCGGUUUUUCUUCAAAUGAAGAGCAAAAGCAGGAAGAAAAAGAAGAGAAACUAAAAAUGCCAGCUAAUAAUAACAUAGAAGGGAAGCUAGAGGAGCAUACCAGAUCAAGUGUUGCAUUGGAUGAAAGCACAAUUGAGCACAGACUUCAGAAGCUCAAAAUCAGCGAAGGCAAGAGGGAUUGUGGCAUUUCAUUCCCAGGUCUUCAUGAGACAGAAACUGAGGAAGAUGAAGAAACCAGACAGCAACGUGGAAAAGGGAAUGUGGAGAAGUGGCUUCAAAUGCUUUUAGAGAAUGGUCCACAACAAGAAGGAACUGGUCCACAAGAAACAAAUGAAAAUGCUUCUUGUGAAACUGAAGAAAUAAUCCGACAAUUGGAUCAAAAGUUCCCACAAAAGGAGUUGAAGAUCUCAAAAGUUUCAGAUUCUGACCACAAAGGAUGGACGGAGAAAGAAGAUAGAAUAGAAAAUGAAGCUAGAAGUGUUAUGCCGACAGGAUAUAAAAAUUACUCUGAAGAAGCUUGCAUUGGUGAAGGAAACUGCACUCCUAGUUUUGAAGGGAUGGAAAGAAAGGAAGAGAAUAAAAAGGGAAAAAAGCUUGCUAGAUCAGAGAGUGCCAGGACCUUGAAGCGAAUUCCAUCAUCUCCAUCUUUGCUUCUUGGGAUCAGAAAAGGUGUGGACUGCAUUCGGAAGAAGCCAACGGCAAUUGGGAAUGGCAGUAAUGAGGAUUUUGCAGCAUCAAACAGCUUCUUGAGGUCAUCCAUCAAGACAAUCAAGAAAGCUGUGAAAUUAUGAAUAGAGAUACAUUUGAUGCUAAAGCAUUUGUACCUUGGUCCUCAGCAUUUGUACCUUAAGUUUUUUUUUACUAUUUUUCAAUUUGAGUGAUGUUAGCAGAAUAAAGUGAGUGAAAAUUAAAUCCAAAAAAUAAAAGAAAAAGAAAAAACAAGUGUGUGAAAUGUAGACAUUUUGUUUGAUUUGUGUAUAAGUUUCUAAAGUUGUCAAAUAUUUGAUAAGUGAUAACACCUUGUUUUUGCCGCAA